UUCAAAGGUAGACCGAGCUAGUCACGGAAGUCACCAGCAGUUCAUAGCUCAAUUAGACGCAAUCACGCAGAUGGUCAUUGGCACUUUGCUGUCGCAGUCUUUCGCAAGCAGGAUAUCCACAGCCAAUGCCUUCCAGGUUUUGUCGACUUGCUGGCUCAUUUUCACCUUCAUCAUUGGAACGGCUUACAGAGGGAACCUCACGGCGUGGCUGACGCUUCCGAAAUACCCCCCAAGGGCGGAGACGAUUAGCGAGCUUAUCAAGGUUACUGACAGAGUCACUUCGCCACCUUACGGAGGGGAAUAUCGGGCAUUUUUCCAGCAAUCUAGUUCGCCAGAAUUCAAAACGCUUGCCCAAUUAAUGGACACUGGGCCGACUGCCUUGGAAGGCUUGCAAAGAGCCUCUCACAGCAGGGAAGCUUUCUUGGACGAGAGACGCUUCAUCCAGCUCAACAUCGCUAGGUAUUUCACCCGAUCUGACGGCAGCACAGGACUCUACAUCGGCAGACAGAACAUCCUGCCGGGGUUGGCUGCCUGGCCGUUGACCUUCGACGCUCCCUACAGGGAGCAGAUAGAUAGCCUCAUGAUGGCUGUGCUAGCGGCAGGUCUGUACAAUAAGUGGAGCGCUGACACAGUAGAGGAAGCGAGACUUGAAGGGCAGCAACAAAAAAAGAAAGAGGAAAGGAUGGAUAAAGAAGGAUCAUCCUCCACGAUUGCUGUUGAGAGUGACGGUACCACAAAUACAGCUAACCAGGCACUCACCGUCACCCACUUGCAAGGGAUCUUCAUCUUAACCCUCUUGGGACUUCUUCUGGCCACUCUGUCAUUUCUAACUGAACUGUUCAUUGUAAAAUUCUAUAUGGAAAACAACAAAGGAGAUCCAUGACUUUAGUGUAGAUUAACAGAUGCCCGAUACUCAUUUUUAAUGGAGACGUCGUCUUAACGAGACAUUGAACUAUUUCGAGCGAAUUGCAUCUCGCUGUUACACA